GAUACAUGUUUGAGCUCAAACCCGAGACGCUGGAUGGCGAGACGUCGCCGUCGCUCUUGAGCAGCAACCUGUCCGUGUCCAAGGACAUCGUGGUGUUUGCCCACUUGGAAGACGUGGUGGUGAUUAACCCGAAGGCGUCCAAACCUUGCAAUAAGAUCACGUUGGUGGAAAAGUCGGUGGUGUAUCAAGUCCUCGUGUGUGACUUUGUCGGCGAGAUUCACUUGGUCAUCGCCACAGAGUCGGGGUGCCAAAUCUGGGAUAUCUUGGGUGAACACUUGCAUUUCUCGUUGUCCCUCGCAAAGGAGCUCGCUGGGGACACAGACUUCCAAGCGCAUUUCUGCCGCGGCAUCGCGCACGACGACAGGAGCGUGUUCGUCGGGUCGUCGGCGUCGAAACUGUUCUCGCUCACCCUUGAACCAGGUCAAAGCAAGGGCCAGAGCGAGUUUGCACUCCACACAACGUCCACCAUCGGGGUGCACUCGGAGCCGCUGCAUGCGCUGAGCACUCCGCCGGACGAAGCGCGGGCGUCCGUCUUGGUCAGCGGCGACGACGACGGCGUCGUCGCUGUCUGGUCACUCGACUCGUCCGGGUCACCCGAGAUCAAGCACAAGCUCAAGCCCACGGGGUUUCCAGUGACUUGCAUCCAAGCCGUGAGCUCAACGUGGGCCGUGGCGGGCGAUGUCACUGGGAAGCUGCGGCUAAUUCAUCUUGAGGACGGGUACGUGGCCGCGGACGUCGGCGCCCACUCGCGCACUUUGAGUGCGCUGGCGGUGCAAGAUCAUUCCCACGUGGCGUCGGUGGGCGAAGACGGGUACUUGCACGUGUGGAAGUUGACGGAGCGCCACGACCGCCUCAAGAUCUCCCUUGCCCAUUCGCAUCGUGUCGGGGACGACUUGCUCACUGGCGUCGCGUUUGCCGCCAACUCGCUCAUCACAGCGUCGUACGAUCUGAAUCAUCUCAAGGUGUGGAAGGCCGUGGCUUAGCAACGACAGCUCCGAAAUAUGUACCCGAUGAAAAGGACUAGUUAACUAGGUAGUACUGUAUGCCUUCCAUUAUUGUAGGGGGUACUAGUAUUAACUUGAUUAACUACACCGAAGUACUAGUAAGUACUACUUACUACGAAGAACUACAG